UUUACUGCAUAGUUAGAAGUAUGUCAUUGUUUUGUGAUGGUAAUCAUUGAAUAAGUCCCACAAAUUAAGUUUUGAUAUUUGAAGAACAUGAAAACUCCCUCAAGAAUUAUUUUGAGUCUGUUUCUUAUCUUAUUAUUCGCAGCGAGUGUUAAGGCAACAAUUUCACAAGUCUCCAGUGUGAUUGAACUGUUGAAAGCAAUAGAAGCUAAUUCUGUUGAAGUCAGAGUAAGAGCUCAACAAUGCAAACCAUUCAUCAUUUUUCUCAUGGAAAAACUAGAUCGAGUUCUACAGAAUUUGUUCGGCUACGAUGAGCUUUUGAUACAGUACCACCAUGCCACAGUAGAAAACUUUGUAGCUAAAUUAAAAUCUUCACCCUUGACGAUAGGAGCUCAUCGAUGCAUAGAUGGAAACUUAGCUGUUGCCAGACAGAUGACCCGAGGUUUUUUGAAUGAUUCUACAUGCUUGAAAGUGAUCCUCAGAAAACUACUAAAUGUAUUGCUGGCACUACGAGAAUCGUUUAUAGGUGAUCCUAUGGGAAGAUGCCCAGUUCCAAUAAUUUGUUUUCUGACAAAAACUGGAGUAGGUUCACUCGUGGUCACGAUAAGAGCUCUUGUUGGUCUAAUCACGAAUGGCUUGAAAUUAAUCUUCAAAUUGCUGCGUUUCCAUGUCAACUUGCAAAAAUGCAGGAAAGAUGUAUUCAUCAUGAAAAAAUUAUACAAUACAAUAAAUGAAAAUUGUAGAAUGUGUUCUUUUAUAACUCGAUGAGAAAUAAAACAAUUACUUUCUG